AUGGCACUGUUUCCGCUACAGGUCGAUGAGCCCGCGAGGCGACCGCGCCCGGCUGCGCAAAAGGCCCUUGUUCUCGGCGCCGGUCUGGCCAUGUCGAUUGUCUACUUCUGGGGCCCGUUUGCCAUCUUGGCCGCCGCCAACGACACGCCUCCACCGCGCGACCUCCUCGGCCUUGCCACGGUUGUGCUCAUUCUAGUCUUCUUCCUGCAGACCUUUCUCCUGUAUCGACUGCUCUCCCAGACGCGGGUGUGCCCCGCGCUGACCGACCCUGCGGAUGCCUUCUUCUACGAGAGCCGCGCAGGCAGCGCCGUGCUUCUGUUCCUCUGCGUCCCCUGGUUUGUCCUGGGGGCCUACGGGCUCUUUAUUUCUUUGUUUCCCGCUGCGGAGACGGUUGCUCGCUUUUUCGAUUCCAAGAGCCAUAGUGACUCAACGGGUUCUCUGAGUCCUGUCUCUGCCUUGAUCAUGGUGACGACGCCGAUGGCGCUGUUGACGGGGAUUUGGUGGGUGUCUGGGACGGCGCUGAGAGCGCUGUACCGAGUCCUCAGGACGAACACCGGUCGGGGCCAGUACGAGGGCGUGCCGCUCGGGCUAGACGAGCCGCGGCCAGACGAGCAGCGGUUUCGACAAAGCAUGCACACAGGCAUGCGCUUGGGAGGUAGGACGACUGCCAUUCUUGAUUUCGUACCAACUCCUUCAUGGCUGCGACGCUGGUAG